GUGUACCUACUACUACGACAGCAGGAGCAGGCCAGCACAUGCAUGUGCAUCAUAGCGGCAGGCGGUCAUGAUGAUGCAGAUGAUGAUGGUGGUGGUGAUGAGAUUGUGCGUUAGCGUUGGUGGCGCUGCGGGUUAGCUUGGGGCUACCCCGCAAUAUGUGGUGCAUGGUUUUGGGGGGAUCGACGGGAUGGAUUGGGUUGCGAUGUGGAGAUUGGGAUGCGCAGGUGGGUAGGUGGACUAUUGGGGGCUUUGGGUUGCUGGGGGGAAUGGGUGUAUUGAGAGGGAAUUGGAGAUGGGAUGUAUUGUGUUGUUUUGGUUUGGUUUGGGGGCUGGUACGAUGUGAAACAUUUGCGCCAUGGGUAUGGAAAUGUCAGUCGCAAAAGUCACAAAUUGGCAGAGUUCAAAGCACAUUGAAGAUGAUGAGUUAAACAUGUUUAUUAAAACGUCGAGAAAUCCAUUACACUCGUAAUUCAGAGGUGAUAUAUACAAUGGGGUCGCAAUCGCGAAAGCCGCUGAAAAAG